UCAAAGCACAAAAACAAGAGUCAAAAACAGGUGCAACAUCACAUGGCUUAGAUCUAUCCUCCCAAGUUUUCGGCCAUACCAUAUUAGCUCAUCUUCUCAUCUCCCUUCUCCAACUCCAUCACCUCUCUCUCUCUCUCUCUCUCUCUCUCUCUAAAAUCUUGGGUUCCACACACAACUCUCCACCCAAAAGUACAAUUCCAUCCCAAUCCUCUGGACUCCUACUUGCAUUUAAAUCUUUCCCCAUGAAAGUUAUCCACACCUGCAAUAUGUUCAUCAUCUUCUCAACUCCCCACAUCAAAACCAGAUCCCUCAAUUGGGUUUUCCUCCAAUGUUUCACAUGAAGAAAUUGCUUUUUUUGACACAAUGAACAGAACCCAGGUGCUAAAUUUGAUUCUUGCACUGACUUCAUCAACAACUUUGGUGUUUUUCCUACUUUUCAUCUACUUUUACUGCAAGAAAACUGCAAAGAGUGAGCAAAAGGAUGUGGAAAAAACAGAGCAGAAGCAAGAGGAAGUCGUGGAGGCAGAGGAGCUGGUGACUUUUCAGGAUGGGGAGGACUUAACAAUAUGUGACAUUCUGGAUGCUCCGGGGGAAGUGAUCGGAAAAUCAAACUUCGGUACGCUGUAUAAGGCGCUGUUGCAGAGCAGCAACUCGGUGAAGUUGCUGAGGUUUUUGAGGCCUGUUUGCACUGCAAAAGUUCAAGAUUUUGGUGAAGUUAUUCGGCUUUUGGGGUGCAUAAGGCAUCAUAAUUUGGUCCCUCUUUUGGGAUUUUAUGCAGGGCCGAGAGGUGAGAAGCUUUUGAUUCAUCCGUUUUAUUGGCGCGGCAAUCUGGCUCAGUUUGUGAGAGAAAGCAAUCCCGACUCUCACAAAUGGCCCAUAAUCUAUAAAAUCUCAGUUGGUAUAGCCGAAGGCUUGGAUCACCUUCAUACCGGCUUUGAAAGGCCGAUAAUUCACGGCAAUCUCAAGUCGAAAAACAUACUCUUGGGUCACCAUUAUUGCCCUUUCAUAUCCGAUUUCAGCCUCCAUCUUCUGCUGAAUCCAACUGCUGGCCAUGAAAUGCUUGAAGUCUCGGCAUCCGAAGGCUACAAAGCACCUGAGCUGAUGAAAAUGAGGGAUGCGAACGAAGAGACCGAUAUAUACAGUCUUGGGGUUAUCUUGCUUGAAUUUCUCACAGGGAAGGAACCCAUCAACCAAAACCCUACAACUCCUGAUGAGGAUUUUAGUUUGCCAGAUUUCAUGAGAAAUGCAGUGCUUGGACAUAGAAUUCAUGACUUGUUCCAUCCAGAUUUGCUUCUCAAUAGCAGCGCUGGCUACGGAGAAAUCCCCGUCACAAAAGAAAGGAUUCUCAAAUUCUUUCAGCUUGCUAUGGCAUGUUGUGCUCCUUCUCCAUCACUUAGACCAAACUCCAAGCAAGUUCUGUCGAAGCUUGAAGAAAUUGGAAACUGAAAACUAUGAGCUUUGUUUGGGCAGGGGAAGUAGUAACUACACCUAAGAUGAUACUGUAACGCAAUUUCACGUCAACAACGCAUUGUCACGUAAAAUAGUUGAUCACAUGACAGUGCUUAGAUGAUUUAAGAUGCCGCCACUCUUACACUUCCAUGUGUAAAGUAAGUUUCUCUCGUUUGAAGACCAUAGAGCCUUGAUUCGAGGAUAUUUGUAUUUUGCAAAAUCUGCAUGAUUGAUGGCCACGACAACAACAACUCAGUGACCAUAUUGACAUAAACAUGUAUAGGAAAAGUAUAAGUGGAGGUGUACCAUAUUGACAAAUUCAAGAUGAUAAGUUGGUGAUUUAGUUUGUCAGAUUGCAUAUUUCUUUAUUGCCAAGUAAUGAGCAGCCCUAGACAAUGGAUUCCAUAUGGUCCCA